AUGAGAAAUUCAGAAUCGUUGCCGAAGGAUAGUUACGCUUUCAAGAACGUCAUAACACCCGGUGACAUCAUCAAGACCAACCAAGACACCACCCCCUUCCGAAAAUUAACCGAUGAGGAAUACAGAAACUCGUGUGUAGGGACUUCAAAACCUCCAUCAUCGAAGCUAUUUUUGUUUUCGCUGAUAGCAGAGACUGGGCCGGCGAUCAACAGAUCAUUCUGGACCUGUGCAUCUCCAAAGGCGGUCGCAUCGGCACACGAUCCGAAACCUUUGAUGAUGGAUGGACCCCCAGUCUACUUCUCCCACAACGAUGUUGUUUGGUCUACGUCCCGUGAACAUACACGGAUUGGCAUGCGAGCCCUGCGAGCAUCUGUCAGAGCCCUUUUCAAAGAAUACUCGAAGGAACUCAAGACAACUGCAUUUGGCAAGCCUCAACUAGGGACAUUCCUGUUUGCCACAUGGCUCCUCCGACAGUGGCGCAAGGAGACACAUGGCAUCGACUCGGCACCGGAUACUGUUUACUUCGUGGGAUACGGCCAAUCCGACAAAUGUGAGAAUGAUUGGUAUUCGAUCCUGGUGAUGACGGGGCGUAUACGAAGAUGGAACUAUUCCCGCGAUUUUCGCCUAACAAGACUGUCGAAGGCGACAUCACUCGGUUAUAUUACAUAA